CACACACACCUUUAAACGCGUCACCCGCCCGGCUGCCUGCUUAGUAUCUGCCUGUGUGGUGCGUGCGGUCGGACUGUGGUUGUGGCGAGGACGACGCUCUUCCGACGCAUUUCAUCGCGGAGAGAUGGGAUUUUUGGAGCAAUGGCUGUGAAACGAACGACCCUAGCGCUGCUGGCCCUGUUCGGGUGCGUGGCCGUCGGUGAUGCCCUGCGUUGUAACUGCACAAACUGCGAAAAGACGGGCUACGAAUGCGAGACCGAUGGCGCCUGCAUGGCCUCAACGUACUACAUCCAGGGGAAGGAGGAACACGUGCGCGUCUGUAUAAACCGGGAGAACCUGGUCCCCCCUGGACAACCCUUCUACUGUCUGAGGGCUGAAGGGCUGCUCAACACACACUGCUGCUAUGUCGAUUACUGUAACAGUAUUGAUCUGGAGGUCCCUGUUCCAACGAAGGUGGGCUGGUCGGGCAAAGGAAACCCGUGGGGGCCCGUGCAGCUGGUUGCCGUCAUUGCCGGGCCAGUGUUUGUGCUGUGUGUGCUGCUGAUGGUCGGCGUGUUCCUGUUCCAGUAUCACCAGAGGGCCUACAGUCACCGGCAGAGACUGGAAGUUGAGGAUCCAUCCUGCGACCACCUGUACUUGGCCAAAGACAAGACUCUGCAGGACCUCAUCUAUGACAUGUCCACCUCCGGUUCAGGCUCUGGUCUGCCCUUGUUUGUGCAGCGCACUGUGGCCAGGACCAUUGUGCUGCAGGAGAUCAUUGGAAAAGGGCGUUUUGGGGAGGUGUGGCGAGGGAAGUGGAGGGGGGGAGACGUGGCUGUGAAGAUCUUCUCAUCCAGAGAGGAGCGCUCCUGGUUCAGAGAGGCUGAGAUCUACCAGACAAUCAUGCUACGCCACGAAAACAUCCUGGGAUUCAUUGCAGCGGACAAUAAAGACAAUGGUACGUGGACUCAGCUGUGGCUGGUGUCGGACUAUCACGAGCACGGCUCCCUCUUUGACUACCUGAACCGCUACUCGGUUACCAUAGAGGGCAUGAUCAAGCUGGCGCUGUCGGCGGCCAGCGGCCUGGCACAUCUGCACAUGGAGAUCCUCGGCACCCAGGGGAAGCCGGGCAUCGCCCACCGCGACCUCAAGUCUAAAAAUAUCCUGGUUAAGAAGAACGGGAUGUGCGCCAUCGCGGACCUCGGCCUGGCAGUUCGCCACGAGUCCAUCACAGAUACGAUCGAUAUAGCGCCGAACCAGCGUGUCGGCACCAAGAGGUAUAUGGCUCCAGAGGUUCUGGAUGAAACCAUCAACAUGAAACACUUUGAUUCCUUCAAAUGUGCUGACAUUUACGCGUUGGGCCUGGUUUACUGGGAGAUCGCGCGUCGCUGCAACACAGGAGGCAUUCAUGAGGAGUAUCAGCUGCCCUACUACGACCUGGUGCCCUCUGACCCGUCCAUAGAGGAGAUGAGGAAGGUGGUGUGUGACCAUAAACUGAGGCCCAACGUGCCUAAUUGGUGGCAGAGCUACGAGGCGCUGCGUGUGAUGGGGAAGAUAAUGAGGGAGUGCUGGUACGCCAACGGCGCCGCGCGGCUGACCGCGCUGCGCAUCAAGAAGACGCUGUCGCAGCUCAGCGUGGAGGAGGAUGUGAAGAUGUGAGCGGCCCGGCCACGCGCCCGAGACGCACAAUCAGACCACACUCCUAUAGGAAACGAACACUAAGGACUGACUGCGAACGAGAACCCUGCCAGUUUUAAAGCCACACUCCAAGUUGUGACAAGGCCUACCUCACCUUUUUAGCCAAAACUACUGAGAAUCACCCCCAUCCAUCCCCCCCCCCGACAUCUCUCCCACCGCCUCCAAGUGUACCUUUUGUCUCCUCUUUCUGUGAAGCCGUCACCCCUGACCCCAUGGGCCACCACACUACACCACUGUUAAUAACAUCACACUGAGCAUUUUUGUUUUUUUACAUGGCAGGAAUUACUAUUGUACAGUGAUGGGAUUGUUUCUUGUUUUUAGCUCGCCGAUAUUCUCCCAUGAUGGACUUCCCAUUUCCAGCAUGACGUGGUUUUUACGUUUGAAAGUAACAUUUACCUUCAUGUUCUGUUGGCCACGCGACGUCCCACUACGUUGCCGUGUGUGAGGGAGGUGGGCGGCGCCGUGACCGUGCAUGUGUAAGAGGUGUCUGGGCCACCAGCGCGUUUGCGGUACACUACAACGUUCUCUGGCUGUGGUUCGUUGGACAAAUGCAGCCGUUGAACACUCGGUUUUUAGCGUCAGCGGACAGAAUGUGCUCUUCAAACCCUCACCAACAGAAAUGAGUUGCACUCAGUUUGUAGCUUCCUCGUCACAUGAGACCUGCAGGUAUCACUCAACGGAUGUGGUCCCGUCCUGGUGUCCGUUUGAAAUGUGGCAGGGAUAAAGUUUGGGACGGGAUGUUUUAUUUAUUUGUUGAUAGUUUCCUUUUUUUUGUUUAUUUCAUAUUGAUGAACACUGUGAGAUGUGACGAACUAGAAUUGUGAAAUGAAAGUGUCUGUUGUGGUCCAGGUCUUCUUCAUCUGUCAGAUGUUGGAUUCCGGGGUUGUCGCAUUCAUUUAAUAAGACACUCGGCUGAUGUGUGGAUGCAGCCAAACCCCCGCUGGUGAUAGUCAAAGACAUUGUGCACAUUUAGCAAUUAAGGGGUAUGGAAUGGCAAAAAAUCCUAUUUUUUAAAAUAGUAUUGUGUAAUGACAUCAUGAUUGGUGUAUCAUUCUGACUUGGACAUUAGACACUACUGAUGAUGGGUACAUAUGAUUUUGUAUAUAAAACUUGCUUAUUUUCUCUUUUGGUGACAUUUAAACAGUGACUUUGCUUGAAUGGUACUUAUCUGAGGGCUUUUUGAUCAGUUUGUGGUUUUCUGACUGUGCCAGUAAUUAGACCGGCAUCAGCUGGAAUGUUAAGUUUUUACUUGCUCCUCCCAUUGCAAUUUGUUGGUACUACUGAUUUUAUCGCAACCCCCUCUUAGUGGGUUUUUUAGGACAUUGCAUCCUCUGGGGUGACAUCUCUGACACUGGAAUAUUAAGAGCAUCGUCUUGAAAUCUGACACUGCCAACAGCUGUUUGUUAACAAAUAAAGAAAGCUGCUGACAGUUCAUAUAUGGGGAACAACAUUUUUCAGCUGAUUAGAUGUGGAAAAGCAAUUCAGGGGUUUUUCUUCAAAAACUUUAUUGCUGCGAAGCUGCACUUUGCCAUUCUUCAACCUGACUAUGAAAGUAUUACACUGACCUUCGUCACUAUUGGGCUCUGCACUGUUACCUCCACACGGACCUUAGUUAAUGUUCAUUAUGUCAUCACUCCAUCCAGAAUCCAUGUAUCAUGUCUAUCUAUUUUUGCAUGCUGUCCCAAACACUGGGUCCUCUGCACUGAAGUAGAUUAAUGUGGUUUCAUUCUCCUCUUACUUUUCUUCCUUUGGGCCGUUGGUCAUGUACUUCAGUUUUGCUGCUGCUGUUAACAUGGGUAGAAGUUCAGCAGAUAGAGCAGAGGAAGAGGUACGUGAGGAAAUGGGAGACUGCUGUCAUUUGAACAUGAUUGUCAAAAACACUCCUGUCCUUGUUUGGUUUGUUGCCAUCGGUAUAUGACCAUCAGACGUCCAGUUCAUAGUUUCAAAAAAUUGUGCAGAUUUUUUCAUUUACUUUAAAAGUGUACAUAGAUGAUAUACAAUAAAUUCCUCUUUCUUA